AUGACUUACUUUAAUGUAUCGAGCCAGACGUUUGUUGCUAAUCUCAAUUGUUCUAUACACAGUAAUCAGUCAUGUACAUAUAUGAUAGUUGGGGAAGUCAGAGGUAUGGAAGACAACACUCAAACAGUUGAAGCAGAUGGAAAAGAAGAAAUAUUUUCAUACAAAAUGACUGGAUUAAGACCAUGUACAGAUUAUACUGCUUUUAUAAGAGCUGAUAAAGAUUCUUUGGAAGUUCCAUUUUCUACGUUAUCAUCGAAUGUACAAAGUGUUCUUUUAUUUAUUGAAAGGAAUGGAUCAGUUAGUGUACAGUGUGUAUAUGCAGAAUCAUCAACUGCUAAUGGAUGUCAUGUUAUUUUUAUACACACUAUCAGUGGAAGGAAUGACUCCUUUAAUAUAAUAGGAUUGGAUGAUAAAACAAUACAUCUAUUGAACAGUGGAGUUUAUACUGUAGUUGCAUACGACAUUAGUGACAAUGGAAGUAUUGUCUCCUGGACUUGUGUACAACCUAAACAAGUUUAUGUGAGUUCUAUAACUAGUGCUACUUCCUCCAGUGGAUUUUUUGCUGUCAGCUCUACUUCUUCCUCUACUGCCAUCAGUAGUUCAACUUCUGUCACUACACCAUCAUCAACUGUUAUUACUGGAACUGAAACUAAUGCACCAGGAAAUGAUGAUAGCUCAAUGGUCUAUGUCAUUGCUAGUGUGGUAUUCAUUCUUAUGAUAAUGUUAAUAAUAACCUUCACUUUGUGUGUGGUUGCUGUGAUUAAGAGGAAGCAAAAGAACAAAGUUACACUUAGUACAGGUAAUUCCAUUGAGAUUACAGUAAAUAAUCCAGCAUAUGGUCAGAUUGAGCGAACAGCAAGACCUAUACAGUCAGUACAAGGAUUGAACACAAAUGUUAAUCCAGCUUAUGAAACUGUUGUUGUUUAUGAAUAUGUAAUGUAAUUACAAAAUAUAACAGUUAUUUAGUUAAUGCAUUUAUUGCUGUAAUUUCUACAAGAUGGUGAUGAUAUCUUCAAGUGCUUUGGUUUCUUAA